UGGCCGCCCAAGGUGGGGAGCAAGCCUGGCUGUGACGCUCGGUCCUCACGUGACCCGAGGCUGCAGAGCAACGCAGCCUUGGGUGCAGUCGUCACUUCUGUCUGGCCACCAGCUCCCUGCUGCUGUGCGCUCGGCGGGCUGGCAUCGGUCCCGGGCCGAGCGGAGCAGCAGCUGUCCGCAGGUCGGUGAGGCGGAGAGUUGCGGUGUCGCAUCUCGGAGCGACCAUUGAGAGGAGGAGGACGCAGCAAGGAUAGGCCCAGGAGUAAUGGAGUCCAAAGAGGAUAGAGCGGCAAAAAAUCUCAACAUGGAAAAUGAUCAUCAGGAAAAGGAGGAAAAGCAAGAAAAGAAGCAAGAUGCUGAUAAAAGGGAGCCCGUGGCCCUCCCUUUGGAAGCUGGCGAAUACUGUGUGCCUCGAGGAAAUCGCAGGCGGUUCCGUGCUAGACAGCCCAUCCUGCACUAUAGAUGGGAUCUCAUGCAUAGGGUUGGAGAGCCCCAGGCAAGGAUGAGAGAGGAGAAUGUGGAUAGGUUUGGGGAAGAUGUGAGGCAGCUCAUGGAGAAGUUGAGGGAAAGGCAGCUGAGCCAUAGUCUGCGGGCAGUUAGCACUGACCCCCCUCACCAUGAUCAUCAUGAUGAGUUUUGCCUUAUGCCCUGAAUCCUGAGGUUUUCUCUGAAGAUAAUAUGGGGACCCUUGCUUCUUAAACUUAUAUGUUUGUGAUGUACUGUUGUAAGUUUUUUUGAUGUUAUUUGUUCCCUCUUGGGUCUCCACUUACUGCCAGCUUCUAACUGAAAAUUCUGUUUUUGAUUCAGCCUAUAAAAUUUUUGUUAGCAGAAUUUAUCUAUUGCAUGGGAAAAUGCACAUUAUAUAUUGUGAAGCUAAUAAAGCAGUUUAAAAAGCAA